UGAGGAAGACAAAAACAUUGGACAGUUCGGAAGGAAAUGUUGUUUUGAGGCUAAGGUAUUAGAGCGGAUAAAUGUCUGAUAUAACCCUUGAUCAGAUAAAAGACUUUUUUAGUCUGAGACCGCUUGCUAAACCAAACGCUGUGACAACUGUGAAGAUAACAGGGCGACAUUAUGAAGAAGAGGACAGGCAAAAUGUUGUGAAACAGCAGUUUAAAAUGCCAAAAAGAAAUAUGCAAAGCCCCCAAACUUCCCCAGCCUAUAUUGGAGAGUACUGUUCAUCUGGUCCUAAACUGGAAGAUCUCUACAAUGAGUUGGACCAGCUAGAACUCAAUCCUCCAACUGGUGCUUCUGAUGAAUUACCCGCAGCUUUGAAAGAGGAGGAAGCUGUUCACAUUUUUGAGAACUACUCUUUUGACCACACUUAUUCACCAGAUCUUCCUAUCACCUCUUACCGGCAACAGAUCAUUGAUACCAUAGAGAGCAACUCAGUCACUGUAAUACAAGGUGCUACAGGGAGUGGCAAAACAACCCAGGUGCCGCAGUAUGUGCUGGACGAGUAUGUUAAGAAUCAGAGAUAUUGUAACAUCAUCGUAACUCAACCAAGACGUAUCGCAGCCAUAAGCAUUGCCAAGCGAGUUUGCCAAGAGAGGGGUUGGAAUUUAGGCAGUUUGGUUGGUUACCAGGUUGGAAGAGACAAAUGCACGAGUGAGGACACACGUCUGUCUUACAUCACCACUGGGGUGUUACUCCAAAGGCUCAUUCAAUCCAAGAACAUGAAUUCGUACACUCACGUUUUUCUGGAUGAGGUUCAUGAACGUGAGCAAGAUUCUGACUUCUGUCUUUUAAUUGUGAAAAAGUUGCUGAGAACAAACUCAAGGCAUGUCAAGGUUGUCCUUAUGUCAGCCACUAUCCAAAGUGACCUGUUCUCAAUGUAUUUUGCCGUCCCUGUGCGUGGCAGGGUGGAGGGUGCUCCGGUGGUUACUGUGGAAGGCAAGUCAUUCCCAGUGGUAGAAAGCUAUCUUGAAGAUCUAGAGCUCGCCGGUAUUGGGAUGAUACCAGAGAACACUCUUGAAGAGCCAGGUAUUAGUCAAGUGGAAUAUGAGCUUGCAGCUCAGUUGAUUCGCUCUCUUGACAAUUUAGAGGCCAACUCGGCUGAUAUCACAGGUGAAGGACAGCCCCAUAGUCGUGGUUCAGUACUGAUGUUUUUACCAGGUUAUUUUGAGAUCAAACAGAUGGACCGCUUGUUGGACGAUAUGUUGCAAGAUUGCAAACUGUUAAUACUCCCUCUGCAUUCCACAAUUACUACUAUGGAGCAAGCAGGUGUGUUUAGAAAACCUCCAGAGGGCUUCAGAAAGGUGAUCUUGUCAACAAAUAUUGCAGAAAGCUCACUCACUGUUCCAGACAUAAAAUACGUGAUUGACUUUUGUCUGGAGAAGAGCCUUGUCUGUGAUCCAGAGACAAACUUUCAGAGUUUACGAUUACACUGGGCAUCCAAAGCAAACUGUACCCAGCGUAAAGGUCGCGCUGGCCGUGUGUCGGCGGGAACGUGCUUUCGAUUGGUAACCAGAGAAUUCUAUGAAAAUGCUCUUCCAGAAUUUGGUGUUCCUGAAAUACAGAGAUGUCCAUUGGAACAGAUCGUUUUAAAAGUAAAGCUGUUAGACAUAGGACCCCCCAAGGCCGUCCUAAGACUGGCAAUGCAGCCCCCAGAUCCAGAUGAUAUAGAACGGACAGUCUUGCUUUUGAAACAGGUUGGUGCCCUGACCAUUAAAAUGAAGAGUGAUACCAUCAAUCCAUAUGACGGAGAACUGACGUUUGUAGGCAAAGUGUUAGGAAGCCUGCCAAUCGACAUUUAUCUUGGAAAGCUGUUAAUAUUGGGAUACGUGUUUGGCUGCCUUGAAGAAUGCCUUGUUAUAAGUGCUUCAAUGUCUUUGCAGUCAUUUUUUGCCAAGCCAUUUAAAAGGGAGUUCAAUGCCUAUGUUAAGAAAAUGGCUUGGGAUGCAUAUUCACACAGCGACUGUAUUGUAACUCUGAACGCCUACAAGGAAUGGAGCGCUCGUAAAAGACGCAAGGGAUUCCCAAGGGGUGAAACAGCAUGGUGUAAAGAGAACUUGAUCCAGCCAGGUCGCAUUAGAGAGGUUGAAGAACUCAUUACUGAGUUGACUAACAGACUCAAGGAUCUGAAUCUCAGAACAAACCAACCUCUCCAUCAGAAGGCGAGCAAUUCUGAUGAGUCUCUUCUCAUUUUGAAGCUUGUGAUCUGUGGAGCUUUUUACCCAAACUACUUCGCUUCAAGUGAUAUUGAUGAAGCUGACGUAAUGAAGGUGAUGUCUGGCCAUGAUCCUUUUACAACAGUGAUGGUCAGGAAUAUGCCUCCCCAUGGUGCGCUGUACAGGUCACAGAUUGCUAGGUUGUUCAGAUCGUGCGGCAAAGGAAAAGCUCUUUAUUUUGAAGAUACCAGAGCUUAUAUCGAGUUUGAGAGAACAAGGGUCACUGAUUCACACACAGUUCUUCCUGCUGUCUAUAAGGCCAUUAAAAUGAGGCACUUACGAAUGCCCCUCAAUCUUUUUAUAUCUGAAGACAAAAGUAAAGAAAUGGACAUGCUGAUGGAAAGGAGAAAUGCUUACGAAGAAGCAAACGCGGAAACACGAAAACUUAAAACAAACAGAGUUGCUACAAAUCUAUCAGCAAGAGGCGCUGGAAGUGUGACUCGCGUUCAAGAACCACAGCAGGUUGAGCUCCCUCGAACUGGCUACCUGGAAAUCAUAACUUCAGUGGUAAUAGAUGCUGGUCACUUCUGGGCUCAGAAACCCGACAGACAAUCCGCUAUGCAGCUUCAAAUGUUGCAAAAUCAUAUCAACAUGUAUGAUGGCAGGAACUUACGGCAUGUUGACCAAAAGAGUCUCUAUGUUGGUAUGCUGUGCCUUGCUAUAUAUGCUGAAGACGAAUUGUUUUACCGAGCGAGAGUUCUGGCCUUGAACAGCCCGGAUAUACCCAAAAACUGUGUGGAGGCAUUUGAGUGUAGAUUAUGUGAAGUAGGACCUUUACCUUCUCCUCACAGUCCAGUGGGAACGUGGUCUCCCAGAGCCACUCAGCGAUUUAUUCAGCUGACAGAAAAUACAAAGCUGGUUGCCAAGGUGUAUUCGCUGUUCAAAAAUGUCCUAAUUGUUGAUUUGUACGACACAAGCACCGAGGAAGACGUACACAUAAAUCAAAAGCUCGUCGAAGAAGGGUUUGCACAAUUUGAGGAGGAGUCUCGAGCUUCUAAGCUUGCUCAUCAAAGUUCUUUGUCUGGAGAGACCUUGCCUCCUGAGGAUAACACCGCCUGGAUUGACUCACUGGUCGAACAAAACGAUGAAGUUGAUGAAAGGUUUGCCACCAAGGUGAUGCUGCGUGGGCCCGAGAGCCCCAUUGAAAUGAGUUUCUACAGCAUAACCAAUAUUGGGCGACUAAAGUCUGUGAGAAUUGAGCAAAACUCGGUGAACAGUAUCAUCCUGAAAGACCAUCCCCAGGACCCUCAUCAAAGGUUUUUAGUCGCGGCUAAAAUUGGUAUAAAUGCGACCGGAUCUACCGUGGUUGCAAGGGAUACAACUUUGAUGCCGAACAUUCACGGUUUGAUGCCUUUGGUGUCGCUGGUCUUUGCUCCCUUUGCUGAAAUGAGAGUUGAUCGUGACAAGCGGCAGUAUACAGGGGCGUUGGUGGGUUUGGGUUAUGACCCCACAACAAACGAAGCGCUUCUGCCGGAUUAUGACAGCGAGCUAGUAUUUGAGGUGGAUUUCACGGAAAGAGACAUUGUCGAUAUUAAUCUGGUACGUCGCGCUGUUAACGAGAUGUUUGAGAGCGAGGAGGCGAUAGCUGGUUGGGGAACUCCAAUGGUGGAGAGAAUUCAGAACGUCAGCAGAUCUUUGCUGCUUAAAAUUGUCUUGAAACGCAGGGAGAGCAAAAAUCCAUGCCCAUUUCCCAGAACGGGCUACUGGAAUCAGAUCGAUCCAGCCUACCUGCUACAAGCAACUACCAAAGAGUCAGAUGCCGGUCAACUAUUCACGUUACACAAUGCUGUGGCUAUCUCCGGCGUACCUCUGGAGGAUGAAGACGACGAGGCCAGGCAGAAGGUGGCCCUGCUGCAGGAAAAGUUGGAGUGGCUCAAAAGCUUGGAAGGAAGAUCCUCAGAGCAGUUUACUGAAGAAGUAGUUUGCCCUUUGUGCAACGUGUUGUGUAGGCAUCCGCGUGCAAUUGCCAUGCAUUUGAGGAGCACGGGCCAUAGGGAUAUAGAGACUUCUUUGUACGAAGACUAGAUAUGCGAAUAAUAACACUGAGGACUGGAGGCAUGGAAUGGAAAGCUGGCAGGUUGCGGACUGUUGCUGACGUGGAAAGAAGGAAUUCAAAGAUGAGCUGGUUACGUUACUCCGCUGUAUUGCAUUGGUUGAAUCCAUGGUUGAAGUGUCUCAAGCGAGGUGUUAUAAAAAGUUUGGUCCGAAGGACAGUGAUCCAAGUUCUUUGUCGAAGAUUUGGCGAUUCUGAAGCGUUGUGAGCAGAUCUUUCAGGUUUUGGUUCGACAGGAACACCUACUUUGCACAAAGAUUAGUUAUGAAUCAGUGUUAAAGGCGACCUUUUUUAAAAGACUUUCACGUGUGGUCGUUUGUGCAGCGCGUAACUACUUGUUUACAUAGAACGGCUAAUUUUUUGAGACGAUCAGGUCGUUGAAAGGGGGCUGUUGAUGAUCGCGUGGGUCACAUUAGAAAGGAAAGUUGCGGCGAAAUGGUUCUGAACGACGAGAUGAUUAAGACAGUGAUGAUAGUGAUGAUGAUGAGGAGGAGGAGGAGGAGGAAGAGGAUACUGAUGACGACGACGACUUGAUACCACAGCGUUUUCGGACUUCGACGAAGAAGACAAGAAAGACUGUUAUGAACUGUUAUGAUUACUUUUAGCGCAGACAAUUGAUAACAACUCACGUUAAUUUUUGUCUUGAAUUGAUUUUUAAUGUUUUUGUACAUAAUUGAUUUAUCAAAUCGUUGUUGUUAACUUUAAAACAAGUAGUGAGCGUCAAUAAAGGUUAAUUAUUGGUGUUCAAA